AUGUUCAACUUUGCAUUGGCCAUUGUAGGCUCCUGCAUGGUGCGACAGCUACCACCGGAGCAGAAGUGGAGUAGAUAUGGAGGAUAUUGCCUUAUAUUGGCAUUCAGUGCCAACUUCCCUCUGGUCAUGUCGUUGGCAUCCGGUAACUUUGGUGGCUUCACCAAGAAGAUGACUGUCAAUUCUUUCGUGGUAUAUUGCGCGGGAAACAUUAUUGGACCCCAACUCUUCUUUGCACGAGAGGCUCCCAAGUACACAUCGGGCUUCAUGGCGAUGAUUGUCUGUUUCGGCGUGGGCUUGAUCUCGUGCGUUCUCUUGCGGGUAUACCUGGCACGGGAGAACCGUCGACGUGACACACUCAGCAUCGGAGGAGAUGCAGAAGCCGAAACUGUUGACGCAGGGCUCAUGGCCAACCUCAUGGACAAGACGGACAAGGAGAUUCCCCAGUUCCGGUACGUUUAUUAA